GGGAGGCUGAAUUGGGUUAGUCCGGUUCAGCACUAGCAGCAGCAGCAGCAGCGCAGACCCUGCCGCAGGACGAGGACGGCGGUGCGCCGGGAGAAAGUGGACCAGAGGACUUGGGGAGGAGGGGUACUCGGACAAAUCCUUGUUGGACUGGGAUGCAGCGGGACACCGGGCGGGGAGGAGGGGGCCCGCACGGAUCCUGGCAGUCCGCAGGCUGUGGUGGUGGUGGUGGUGGUGAUGGUGGUGGUGGUGGCGGCGGCGAUGCACCGCGAGCCGACCGGCGGAAUCCCGCAGAGCCUGACGCACCGUACCGCAAAACGCGCAACCGUGCGUGAGCCGCCGCUGCUGCAGGCGUAGACGCCUCCGCUCCUCUUCCAUCACAUCACCCCCGCCGACAGAGACCCCCAACCGAUGCUGGAGCCAUAACGACCGGUGAACGGUGCACCACCGCCGCGCAGCUCCAUUCAUACUCCACCCCCCCCCGUGUGCGCAAUGAGACGGGGACACCGGCUUUGAUCAGAUCCUGCUUUUCUUUUAUUCUUUUAUUCUUUUAUAUAUAUAUAUAUAUUUUUUUUACUGCACCUAUUUCGAGACGUCCAAACAGACAGACAGAGAGAGAGGGGGGGUAAAGAUGUUGGUGCGCUGCUGCCGGGGCAAGCUGUCCGUGUGGGCCGCUCUGUGCGUCCUGGUGCUCUGCUGGUUCUACGUCUUCCCCGUGUACAGACUCCCGAGCGACAAAGAGAUCGUGGACGAGGUGGUAAGGCAGGGGGGCAUGUGGAGGAAGAACCAGACGGGCAUCGACUUGUACAGGAAGUUGUUGACAGAAUGCUGCAGUCCACGGAGGAUGUUCGCCGUAACCAAGGAGAAUUCGCCGAUGGGCAAGGUCCUGUGGUACGACGGCGAGUUUUACCACUCGCACACCGUCAACAACGAGACCUACCCGCUCUUCGUGCAGGACACCCCUCUGCAGUUCCCCCUGAAGAAGUGUGCGGUGGUGGGCAACAGCGGCAUCCUCCGGCGCAGCAAAUGUGGCCGCCACAUCGACCAGGCCGACUUCAUCAUGCGGUGUAACCUUCCACCACUGUCAAAGGAAUAUGUGGACGAUGUGGGAACCAGAACGAAUCUGGUGACAGCCAACCCCAGCAUCAUAGAGAAAAGGUUUCAGAACCUCCUGUGGUCGAGAAAAGCCUUCGUGGACAGCAUGAAGGUGUACGGCUCCAGCUACAUGUACAUGCCGGCCUUCUCCAUGAAGCCUUGCACCGACCUGUCCCUGCGGGCGUAUUACGCGCUGGCGGACACCUCCUCCAACCUCACCAUGCUGUUCGCCAACCCCGAGUUCCUGCGCACGGUGGGCAAGUUCUGGAAGUCGCGCGGCGUGCACGCCAAGCGCCUCUCCACGGGGCUCUUCCUGGUCAGCCUGGCCCUGGGGCUGUGUGAGGAAGUGACGGCCUACGGCUUCUGGCCGUUCUCCAUCGGCCUGGACGAGCAGCCGGUCAGCCACCACUACUACGACAACAUCCUGCCCUACAAGUGGUUCCACGCCAUGCCCGAGGAGUUUGUGCAGCUCUGGGACCUGCACAAAACCGGCACGCUGCGCAUGAGGGUGGGACACUGCCCCCCUUAGGCGCGCGCGGGCCGGUGCUUCUUUUAAAGGAAAGCGCUCCGCCGGAGGUUUUGGUGGGUCGCGGGACGCAGAUGAGGACGUUCGGGGUUCUGACGUGGCAGGAAGUUGUCGUCGUGCCCGUGACUUGUUUCCUCUGAGGAACCUUUAGCACUGCAUCUGUGUCCGUACACACUGCUGCUGUGCCCCGAGCUAAUCCCUAAUUAUCAUAAGAAUGUCUUCCACACAGACCAGCAUCAGGGACAGAGGGUACACUGACACACACACACACGCACACACACACACACACGCACACACACACACACACACACAGACACAUACACGCACAGAAUCUGCCAUACCUCUAGCCCUCGUUUAACCCCUAACCCUAAGGAGCGGAGGACCGGGGGAAUAAUAAAAUGCACUGAAAGACUGGCGAAAUGUGAGGAACAAGGGAGAGAUAAUGGCGUCCUGGUACCUAGUAACUUGAAUGGGACUGAAAUUUAAAGGAGGCGGGGGGGGGUGAAAGAGUGGCUGGUGUGUGUGUGUUUGGAAGAAUUUCCUCUGCUUUUUCUUCAACCAAGCGCUUGAUUGGCAUCCUCUGGUGCCAAAUAGAGCUUUAGUUCAACGCAGGAGCCGUUAGAAGAUGAGUCUUGAAUACUGUACCUCCCAGAAUGUUGAGCCAAGUUGCAUUUCACCGAAAAAGGGAAGAAUGACUAAACCCUGGUGUACACAUUGUGUUUUUUAUUCGCCAAAUGUGUUUUGUUUUAUUGUCUUUUUGAUCAAUGUGGCUUCUUUUUUCAGUGACCAUGAAUUGAAGGGAUCAAGUAACUCAGCAUGUAAUUUGCAGCAAAGAAAAAAAAAAGAAAAAACGAUCACACAUACAGCAGGUACUUCAUUUGGCAUCGUCACCGACUGACCGUUGGGUACGAUCCAAUCACAGGCGGGCUCCGUAGAUAGAAAAAAAACAAAAAAAAAACCAGCCCUGCCCUGCGUCUUUUUAGAGCCGCUGCUACAAAGUCAUGUCCUGGUAACUGCACUGGUAACAGUGGUCUCUUUGAUACGCACUCCCGCGCGGCCCUGCAGCCCUCGGAUGGCGAGACACUAAGAUAAAAUGGAAACGGACUCGGGGACUGGACGUCACAAAGAGGCAUUUUAAUGGUUUAACUUUGGUUUGUUUCUUGUUUUUCUUUAGAUGCAGGAACACCUUAUGUGUUAAAUUGUGAUUCAUUUAAGCAGCUACUGUUGUUAGGAUUUCACAUCAGUCCCCCUGCGCCUUUUUAUAGCUGUGAUCUUUUUGUCUUUUUGACAUUUUAUUUGGGCACAAGGGAAAAAACGACUCGCUCGUGUACAGGCCACCAUGACAGGUGUAUUUUUUGUACUCACAAGCCUUGAAUUCACUGGACAUGAUUUGAAAUCAUUUGUUUUUCUCAUUCAAGACUUAUAAAUGUGACUGUGCCAUAUUGUCAGUACUGCAACAACGGGUGACUGUGCAUGGAAAGUGCAUGGAGUCCACCACAAUCUUCCUCAGACUCGAGGUCCGAAUCAUGUCGACGCUGUAGCUCAGUGCUUCAGACGUUUCCUCCACUCCCCCGUCUGUUGACGUGAACAAGGUCCAGUGCCUUCGAGAUGCAGUAAGGGCAAAAGAGAAAUGAUUCAAAGCAGGAAAACGUCAAAGUGUUUCCUGGCUAUGCUCCGCUGUGUGGAUCAAUCAGACAAAAUGUGAUGUAUAAACGGCCCCUGACUUCAUAUUCAAAUAACUUCUAAUGGACCAAAUUGAUGAAUUGAAAUGAAAUCUAAUAAUGUCCAGUCUGAAUGUUGUUGUUUUUUGUAAUUUUUUAAAAACUCUUUUGCACCUUUGUUUCUUUUGUUCCCCCUCCGCUGCCCAGUAUCGUGAAUGAAUGAGCCGUGACACGGUGUGAACUUUGAAGUAAGCAUGAUGAUUUUUAAAUGUGUAUGUGCUUUUGGUACACAGAUUUCUAUCUAUUUUCAUUAUGCUUGGAGUCGUGCCCUCAUCCCGUCCCGUCUGACCGAUAGAAGGACCACCGAGAGAUCUUUCUCAAUCCAAGAAGGGAGACAGGAUCCGUGUCGAGCGCGGCGACCGAACUUGUUUGACGUUUUCACUACUUCACUGAGCUCCGCGAGUCUUGAGCACGCUGCAGCUGAUGCUGACAGAAAGCACCUGACGUCUGAUCGGGCCCGUGUCUCGGCGCAGGCUCAGCAGCUCGUUUGGUUUUUGCGGUUCACUCUUCAGAUGAGGACAACCUGAAUCACACAUGGCAUUACAAACGUAGAAUGAAGUGGGUCAAAUAGUAAAUGCAAAUACUUUUUUUUGUGUGUGUGUGUGUGUGUGUGUGUGUGUUUGUUUAAGUCUGAUGAAACUACUGAAUGUUCAAGCCUCUAUGUGUAGGAUGUGAUUUUUCAUGCAACUAAAGCAUUUUUUUUUCAAAGAUUUUGUCUGUAAAAAGAACCAAACAAAAAAACAAACAUUUGCGUUGAACAUUGGUGCAGUCUGUGUUUUCAACCCAGUCAUGUCAGUGUCCUUUGGACGAAUCCUUGAUUCUACCACUGGCUGUGCCAAAUUCAUAAAUGUUCAAUUUUUUACACACAGCUGCUUUAAAUAGAACGUAAUCACAACCAAAUCUCAAACAGAUACUUAAAGAUAAAACUAUGCUUCUCUGAUUGAUAAUGGGCCGCAUUUUUGUUGUAUUUAUGCAGCAAUUUAGGUUAAAACAAAUACAAAUAAUAAUUUGUAAAGAACUUUUGAGCCGUUUGUAUUUUAUCAAUAUCAGUCCUAAGGGCUCAACUUUCCUAUCUGUUCGAAUGUUUUGAUGGAAUGCGAAGCCUGUCUAAUCCAUGAAAUGUGCUUUAUUUGCUUUGACCGACCGAGUUUAUGAAGACGCAAAGCUUGUUGAAGGCAUCGUCGCUGUGUGUCACCUCCUCUGCUCAUUGAAAUCAUCUGAUGUGAACGACGCUGCCCGAGCAUGUGAAAAAUAAAUCAGAAACGCAGUUCAAAA